AUGUCCCUCCGGAUGUGGUUGUGCGAUUUCCUUCCCAAGCGCUUGCCAAAUGCAAGGAUUCUUCUCUUCGGAUAUAACUCCAACGUGGCGAUCGAGACCUCGGCCGCUGGCGUCAACGAGCAGGCUGUCAACCUGCUUGAUCGGUUCAAUGCGCAACGAAGGCAAGUGGAUCCGCACAGGCCGAUUAUAUUCAUCGCACACAGUCUGGGGGGUAUUGUUGUCAAGAGAGCACUCGUUGAAGCGAAACUCAACGACAAAUACGCCAGUAUUCGCAAAGCGACCUUCGGAUUGGUCUUCUUCGCGACUCCUCAUCGAGGAGGCCGUCAUGCUCAAUUGGGCGACAUUGCUGCAGAUAUUGCCAGAUGCAUCCUGCGGAAUCAGAAGAAUACUUUCAUGGAUAAUCUAAAGUACAACUCGCUGUUCUCUGAACAUCUCCAGGACGAGUUCAGACAUCAGUAUGAAGACUAUCAGAUACUCUCAUUCUAUGAGACACUGCCAAUGGGACCGCUGGGUUUGAUUGUGGACAAGCAAUCUGCUACUCUUGGUCUCUCGGGACAACGAGAAACUGCCAUCGCGCUUGACGGCGACCACAGAAGUAUCUGCAAAUUCCCCGAACCAAACUCGGCUUACCAGCAAGUCGAAGACGAUUUAGUAGCAUUGGUCGAAGAAGCACUUCAAACUCCGGUCCAGAAGAGUUCUCAAACCAGUAAUGUUCAGUCGCCUACAUUCUUUGUACCAUAUCAAAAGAAUUCGAGCUUUGUUGGCCGUGAGAAAAUUAUCGCGCGCUUGAUUGAGAUACUCUCACCUCAUCCUGGAUGGCAGAGGCGAGCAGCCCUUUACGGGCUUGGUGGGAUAGGAAAGACUCAGAUUGCCCUCAGCUACGCCCAUUGGUGUAGAGAAACCCAUCCUAAGACGUCUGUAUUUUGGAUACAUGCCAGCAAUUUGGAACGAUUUCAUCAAUCAUAUAUGGAUUUGGCCGAGGAAUUGAAGAUACCAGGAGCGGACUCGCCUAAAGCAGACAUCCUGAGCCUUGUGAAGAACUGGCUGAGUAUAAAGAAGGAUAGUGAGGAUUGGUUAAUGAUCGUUGAUAACGCCGACGACUUCGACAUGUUCUUCAAGUCCUCUAAUGCUGAAGGCAAAAGAAGUUUUUCGGGCAGGCUGGCAGAUUAUAUACCAGACUGCGCACAUGGCGCCGUUCUGUUGACAACCCGAGACAAGAAAGUAGGUAUCGGGAUGGUGAAGAUGAGCUCAUUGCUACAAGUCAAGCGUAUGGCCGAUAUGGAAGCUAUUGGUCUUGUCCGCAAGAUUCUUGAGGAUGAAGAUGAAUACAAGAAAGAGGACAUCACUCAACUCGCAAACAAAUUGGAGUACAUACCGCUGGCUCUGACUCAGGCCGCGGCGUUCAUUUGGGAGAACACCCUUAGCAUUCAGAGAUAUCUACAGCGAUAUGAGGAGAGCAGGCUCAACGCGCUGAAACUCCUUGGUCAUAGCGCUGCUAGCACCAUGGCCGAGGAUGAGGCUCGAAACGCAGUGACGACAACUUGGAUGAUGUCUUUCACACGGAUCAAAGAACAGAACCGUCUGGCUGCCGAUAUUCUCUCUCUACUGGCCUUCCUGGACAGGCACUGUGUUCCCGACGAGCUAAUUAGAAGACGAGAUCAGAGCCUUCUAGACAUCGAUUUUGAAAAAGCCUGUGGGCUCUUGAAACGAUUUUCUCUAGUCGAAGAAAGCCCCCUGACGCUACGAGGUGAGACCCAUGCAGCAUUCAGCUUGCAUCGGAUGGUGCAGCUGGUGACACAGCAGUGGCUGCAGUCUCACGGAGAAGCCGCUAUUUGGGCGGAACAGGCACUGGUGGCUGUUUCAAUUGUCUUUCCCCCUGGCGAAAGGGAAGAAUGGAAAAGCUGCGAGAUAUAUCUACCUCAUGUCGAGGUGGUGCUGGAGAAUAAGGUGCAGUCCGAAGAUGGCAGAGUUUCGACAUCGAAGGCGGCAUUACUACACAAUGCAGCCACAUAUUUUAGGGUCAAGGGCUACCAUGGUCGUGCAGAAGAGACAGCAUCCGAAGCUGUAGCCGUCAGGAAAGCUUCACUCGGAGCAUGCCAUCCUGAUACAUUGGCUAGCCACACCAGUCUUUCACGCAUUCUUCUCGAGCAGGGCAAAAUUGAAGAGGCUAUGGCACUGCAGCUUCAGGCAGUGGCUACCGCAAAGCAAUCCGUCCCGGAGGACAACCCAGACCUGCUGCGGGCGGUGGCUCAUCUGGGGUCUCUUCAUGGUAUACAAGGUCGAUACGAGGAGGCUGAGCGCCUACAAGGCCGUGUGCUGGAAGUGAGUAAACGAACACAGGGACUGAACCAUCCCGACACCCUACUCACCAUGCGCGACUUAGCCAUCACCUAUGGGCACCUGAGGCGCUAUGACGAGGCAGAAACACUGAACAAGUUGGUCCUGGAGCGCAGACAACAAGUUCUAGGUGAAGACCAUCCCGAGACUCUCAUCAGCAUGCUAGACCUAGCCGCGACUUAUGUUCGCCAAAAUUCUGACCAGAAGGCCGAGAUGGCCGAGGAAAUAGAGCUCCAGGUGAUUGAAGCUCGCAAGAGAGUUCUUGGUGAGGAGCAUCCGGCCACAAUACAAGCAAUGAAGCAACUUUGUGAAACAUACGAAUGGCAAGGCCGGCAGAAGGACCUGGCGAAACUCCAAGAGCAGAUAAAGGCGAUCGAUCGAAGAGGCGGCCAGAAGACGAAGAAGCCAUCAGACGCCGCGCUGCUGACCAUGAGCCAUGAUAUUUUGACAUACGAGCUGCCGCUGCGGUCGAAUCAGACACGGCGCAUGUCUAGCGACGAGUGCACCGCAGUGGGAAGCGCCGAAAAGGAAGAUAAAGAAGUGAGACCCACGAUGCGAAUUGUAAAAAGCUCAGUCGAUCUAAAGCACGAGGUCAAUAACGCGGUAAGCACCGUCGCAUUCGUGGAGCAGGUCGAAAUGCCCGCUUCCAACAUGAAUAAGGGGCAUCACCACACUCAGUCAGUGUCGUCUUCCGCAUCGCUGCUGUCCCCUGCGUACGUUCCCCCUCACGAACAAGCAAAGAGAACGCGGAGUUCCAUACCCGGCAUGCGUUCACGUUGGAAGAGCUGGCAGGGGGGUGUUGUUGAAGAGCCAGGGGAAGUGGUGGAGAAGCCUCGGAAGAGAGUCUGGAGCUUGAGGCAUUAG